CUCCACCUGUUUGUAGUUUGGUUACCGAGACAGUCCAGUGGCAGCCAUUGGCAGCAAAGCCGGUCCUUCCCCAUCUGCUGCUCCUCGUUCCGGCCCACCCAGCGAGCUGCUACGCUCCCGGAGGCAGGUACCGUCCAUGCCAGUCCGGGGUCAGAGUCACCCUGGCACACCCAGCUGGCAGGAAGGUGCCUGGGGACGGCUGCGGGAUUUAAUUGGAUCCUAUUUGUUUGAACAGAAUGGGAAUGUGUACCAGCUGGGCCCAGAGCCAGGGAGGAACCAUCCCAAAGACAACGAUUGGGAUCUACCCACUGACCGCACCAGCAACUACCAUCUGGGUUACGGGAACACGCAGAAUGCCAGAGCAAAGCACCCAAACAGGGUGAAGGGUCAGGCACUUGACCCCAGCGACCUCCGACCUCAAGAAGAUCCAGCCGUCCAAAGGAUAGCCAAAGAGCUGGUAAAAUACGGCAUUGAUCUUCGAGACCUCAGUGAGCAGCAGCUGAACCGCGUAUCGGUGGCAAUUGGACAGCUCACCGGCACCGCUGGUCGGUCUGACCCAGUGCUGACAGAGAAAGCCGGUUUGAUACAGAAGAAGGCGCCCGUGAUGGAGGGGACGAUGCAGCGCUGGAAAGAGAUGGACACGAGAGAGAGCAGCGAGUCUCUGGUCCCAGACGCGGGCCCUCCCCACGGGGAGAGUGCUGCAGCGGCAGGGAGGCGUGGUCAGGCAAUGGUGGCAACCAUCUUGGCGGGGCCCGGCCCGAGCAGCCCAGGGGUCCAGGAGACGGCCGUGGAGCUGGGUGGGUCUCCCGGGCGACUGACCGACGUCCUGAAGGAGCUGGGCGUGGACCCUAUACGCCCGCCGAAACCCAGCCAGGGUCUCAGGUCGGGCAGCGCGGGGGUGAGUCCACCACGCAGGGAGGAGUAUGCCUACAUCGUCACCAACAAGAAGUAAGCACGCACCUCGCCUUCGCG